AUGGGUAAGAAUAUUCUCAUCACCGGCGCUGCUGGCUACAUCGGAGGCUCUGUUCUUGCGGAUUUUAUUUCUCGCACAAGCGGUCCGAUCAAGGCAGCCCGUCUCAGUGCCGCGGUUCGGUCUGAUGAACAAGUCCAGAGCUUGUCAAAACUAGGCGUUAAUGUGAUCCAAGUUGACCUUGGCGAUGAGACUGCAGUGAAGGAAGUAGUGAUCUCCAACAAGAUUGAUAUCGUUGUCCAUACCGCAACCGCGAUAGAUGGCCAUGCUGUCUCUGCCCUUAUAAAGGCUCUUGGCCAGCGCCGCCAGUUGAGUGGAGAGGAGACCUAUUACAUACAUUCAUCGAUAGCAAGUGUCUUUGCCGAAGAGAAUGGCUGGCCGUACGGGGAGAUUAGAGAUUCCGAUCCGAUAUAUGAAAAAGAGAAGGAGCUUGGAGACGCUCACAUUAUUCGAAAAGUCAACAUCCUUGUCACCGAACUAGCCAGAGAACAGGGUGUUACAAGCAUGAUUAUUCCGGUGCCGCAGGUUUACGGAAGAGGCACUGGAGAAUGGCGGAAACUGUCCGUGAGCAUUCCGGCAUCUAUUAGAGCCAGCAUCAAGCACAAAGUCGUCUACCAAUUCGACACGGACGGUCAUCCACCCUCGGUGCAUAUAUCCGACCUAGUAGUAUUUUAUGCUCUACUCACCGAAAAUAUCCUGCAGAAAAAGCCGAUUCCGAGGGGCGAGAAGGGAUACUACUUUGCCAUUGGGCAUCGGACCCAUUGGUGGGAGUUCAUGCAGCGACUAGCCGAGUGCCUGCAUGCACGGGGACUUGUGCGUAAGCCCAGAGCAGAGACAUGGCCCAGCGACGAGGUGGCGGCGGAUUAUCUGGGAUUUCCGCGGCUGUAUGUGCGGGCCAUGGGGACUUCGAGUGGGGACCUUGUCCCUGUGAAUGCGUAUCAACUGGGAUGGCAACCAGAAUGGGACGAGAAGCGAUUUAUCGAGAGCGUGGAUGACGAGGUUCAGGCGGUGCUGGAACUCGACACGGUGAAGAGUACGCUGUUUGACACGGUGUUGUCCAAGGAAUGA